AUCAAAGUCUCCACUAAAAAGUUGUUCUUUGAACCCUGAACUGCUUCAUCGCAUUUGGUUCUACUAAUACUCAAGACAGUAUUUCGCCAAACCAUGGGUAGCAAGAGGAAGCGCGUAGCCAAGGACGCUGUCAACGACAACCAACCUGACCAGAAACGGCCAAAGAAGGAACCCCCGGCACACAAUGGCUCGGCCAAAUCCAAAGCAUCAAAAUCGACGAAAGGGCUCGACAAGUCCCUGUUCACUGAACAGCCCUCCGUUGAGGAGCGCAAGAGAGAGCUCAUGCUCUACAACAUGCUGGGGAGCGAAGAUGUUAGCGAACGCAUAGAGGCCGCCGACGCCAUUGUAUCCAGUCUCCUGGGCCAAGAGGGCGUUCCCGAGCCCGUGCUCUUGCGACAUCUCGAAAAGCGCCUGUUCCGCGGUCUCGCAAGUGUCCUUAGUAUCUUGGUCGAGAAGACGCAAGCUGGUGGAAACGUGCCGGGCCAGGAGGAACGAGAUCACUACUUUGGUCAAUUAUUUGGCAUCGAGUGUUUUGUACGCGCCGGCAUUCUCGUUACCGACAAGACGAGAUGGCAUUCGGUUCUAGAGCUCCUUCUGAAGCUGUCAGCGAAGAAGUCCUGGCUAAAGUCACAGUGUGGCUACGUUAUCGUACAGGCCAUCUCGCAGACGAAGAAGAAGCUGGCCGAGAGCACUCUGCAGAAGCUGGCAGAUGAAGGGUUUGCCAAGACACCUGAAGGCGUUGGCAUCUGGAUCGCGGCCCUGGAUCGGUUUCCCGAUAUGAAGACUCCAGCACAAUCGUGGCGAGACCCGUUGGCUGCUACCUCUCUUGCCGCUCUCCCAGCCGCUCUGAAGGACAGUGGCAGGGAAACACCGAAUGAGGAGAACAGCAAGAAGCCUAAGCAGGGCAAUUGGACGGCGCAGCUCCACUUUGUCUGGGACUUAAUCCUCGCUCACUUUAUCAAGCAUGGCGGACAACCCGAGGGCGAGACUGCAGAGCAAUUCAAACAGUUUUGGAUUCGCGUUGUUGACGAAAGCUUCUUCUCAAAGAACGCCUCUGAUAGUCAGAAGUUCUCAGGCUUCAUGAUAUUUCAGAAGAUGCUCGAAGCCGCCGCUGAGUGCUCCUUCAUAGUGGAAGCGCUCUUUAGCAAGAACCUCAUGGUCUGUCUCAUGAACCAAGCUGCCAAGGAAGACCGAUAUCUUCAUCGUGCAGCUAUCAAGGCGCUCAAGGCCAUCGAAGUUGCCAUUGAGAAAACGCCAUCACUCCUGCCUACCAUUCUGCGCGAGCUUCUCGGCAAACAAGGGGCGUACAACUUUGACCAGCGAACAAACACCAAGACGGUAGACAAGAUUCUCCACAACACAACGCCCGCCACCAUCAAGCCCGUGCUUAAGAUAUUGCAGCUCAAAAAUCCUGCCAAGAGUGGUCUUGACGAGACCAAGUACUACCAGGCGCUCGGUAACUAUCUGGUUAGGUUGGCCAGCGUACCUUCUGAGUCCGCCGACGCCAACACUUCCAGCAAGUCCGUUUCCAGCUUGGCGAUCCAGGCGCUAACCGAACUUGCUUAUGCGAAUAAAUCGGUGCCGAUGGAGAUGAGAGAGUCACUUCGGACGAGAGCCAGCUCAGCCUUUGCCAAACUCGUACGGAAGCCAGAGGAUUUUGGGCACUUAUGUGACGCUAUCUUGUCCAUUGAAGUCGAUGUGGAUCCGAACGAUGAGGUUGCGAGCUCUGUUCUUCCCGGCGCGUUCCAACGGUUAAAAGACCUUCUCGACCCUGCAAGGGAGACAGAUUCGACCCGGACGCCUCGACAAGCGUUGGCUUUGCUGCAUGCCGUGGGUGUACUGCAGUUCUACAACCAGGAUCCCGACGUGGUAGACCUCUUUGAGGAGCUUGAAGAGUGCUAUCACAAGCUCGAACGCUAUGGUCACGGGUCUGACGAAGGAAUCUCCGAGUAUCUGGUCGAAAUCCUGCUCGCCAUGGUUGCUCGACCGUCGGCGCUCAUGCGGCAGGUCUCUCUGCAAGUGUUUGAAGCCUUUACUGGGUUCAUGUCGGCCGAAGCACUCAAGCUCCUGACGGAUCCCUUGGUUGCCGAAGAGAGCGCGAAGGGACAACAGGCCCUGUUCAGCACUGAAGAUGAAGACAUGGUGAAUGCCGAAGCCGCUGAUGGCAGUGGAAGCGACGGAGAGGAACUCGAUUCUGAUGUUGAGAUUGUGGAUCUCGAAGAUGCGGGAUCUGAAGACGCGAAUGACAACGAGAGCGAUUCCGAUGAUGGGGAACAAGAGGAAAAAGCUGAAGAUGGCCAAGACAAUGAUCAGGAAGCUCUUGACACUUUGGAUAACGCCCUCGCUGAAGUCCUCGGGAGCCACCGCCUGGACAAGGACGCUGAAGCCGAAUCUGGUGAAGAGUCGGACAUGACCGACUCGGAGAUGAUGGCGGUAGACGAAAAGCUCGCUGAGAUAUUUAGGCAGCGCGCCAAGACGACCAGCAAGAAGAAGGAAAAGAAGGACGCCAAGGACACGGUCAUCAACUUUAAGCACCGUGUUCUUGAUCUUUUGGCCAUCUUUGUCAAGAAGGAGGCCACGACGGGCAACAGGCUUGCGUUUGACAUCUUGAUGCCACUACUCCACCUCGUGCGCAGCACAACGACCAAGGCGCUAGCGAACAAGGCAUGCGAGACGAUCCAAAACUUGUCCAGGGGUCUCCGAAAGGCGCGGGGCAGCCACGCCGAGAUGACGGACAGACUGGAUUUUGAAGCGCUGUUGAAUCUGCUCGAGGAACUCCACGGCGAGGCGUCCAAGGAUCCAUCACACGCCUUCGCCAAGGCCGUCUCGGCAGCCAGCUUGGCUGUGGCGUCCGUCUUGUGCAGCGAAAAGGAGAGAAGGGCACAAGUCUUUCAGAUGUACGCGAGCACACAACUGAAAUGGUUCCAGGGCGAGGUCAAGAUUCAGCCGGCCUUCUUCUCGGAUUGGCUGAACUGGUGCCAGAGCCACGCCAGCACUGCGGCGACGACGCAGGAGACUAAGUAAAUGCAUCAGCGCAUGCAGGGCUUCCUCAUAAUAUCCUGAGUGAAAUUGGAGUAUUUCAACUUGCAUAUUUGUGUGAAUGACUGCUUCAAGCUGGGCGGAGGAUUGAUACAUUUCCCUAGCCGCAAUCGCGACACAGCCGUGAAUG